GUCGCUUGUUGUCGCUCCUCCUCCGCUUUCUGGGCUGGCUGGUUCCAGUCUCAGUUCGUUUAUCUCUCCGGGGCCCCCACCCCACCCCGAGAAGCGGCGUAGAGUUCCUCCUCGCUACCUCCGAGGUCUCGCUGGGCUUUCCUGGGAUCCCAGCUUCUUAUCUCUUUUCAUUGUGGCCUGCUUGGGUGUAGCGGCUCCUUGCAGGCCUUGAGUGUAGCGGCUCCUUGCUAUACCUGCCCCUUCUGUAUAGCAUUAACCAAAUAGGCCGUCAGAGGUGUCCCAACCGACAGAGCAGGGACUCAACUCCAGACAGCUCUCUGAAGCAGAAUAAACAGAAGUAUUUUGGAAGCCUUUGCCAUUACUGUCAAGCAGCAUGAAUCUCGCCACAGAACCUGCCACAAUUGGUGGAACGUAGAGUCGGAGCACUGACAUCACCGGUGCAUCCGUUUCCGGCGCGAAGGGGUCUUCUCUGAGAAUGGAGCUGGGCAUGUGCUGCAAGGAAGCGUGUGGUUUUAGCUGCUGAGGUAGAGGAUGCUACACUCUCCCAGACUGGGGGAGGAGAUGAAGUAGUUGUAAAGAAAAUAUUUCUGUUUUAAAAGGCAGACUUAGACGUUGUGAUUCAAAGAGAAGUUCUAUGUCUUCGGUUUACAGGCUGAGAACCUAGCUUCUGAAGAGAAGUAAAUACAAAUAUUAAGAUAACUGUUGGAGACCACAUUUCCAAAUAUGAACAUUUUUAAUGUGGGUCUGUUGACUGUUGUUAGAAGACCUGUCUUGCAGUUAGCUGCACAAAAUGGGAAAAAAGGGGUCUUAUUGUUAAAAAUGCCCUGCAAGGUUGUUGCUUGUAGAACAUUGGCUUUGUCUCCUUGGUUAAACAAGGAUACUUCUCCGCAUGCUACUGAGAAACUAGAUUUAGACGGAUGGAAACAUGUCAUGCGUUCACCAUUGCAAGAAGAAGAAAGUGAAAGAACAUUGGAGACUGAGGAAGACUCUCAGUUAGCAGCUACCAGGGACCUUGUUGAGAUGUGGAGACUUUCUGGUAAAAUUGUUCCAGAAAAUAUCAAGGAAGAAGAGUUAAAGAUCCUAAUGGAAUGUCCUAGUAAGAGUUCCAAAAAGAAGUAUUUAAAAUUCUUGGCUUUAAAAGAAAUUGCAAAGAAAACCGAUAAAGAAAAGAAUGAGAGAAAAAAGAAAGCAAAGAAUGAACAAAAGCUGAAAGAGAAAGAAGAUCCUGAUGAUGACCUAGAAAAUCAGCAUGGUAAGCUAAAAAAUACAUUUCUUAUGAAGUUUUGGUCCAGAUCAGAGGAUGGUGUGUACAACUGGAGAGGUGCUCAAUCUAUGAUAUUUGGUCAACCUCUGGUGUACGACAUGGCCUAUGAAAACUAUAUGUCACUCAGAGAAAUGCAGAAUGCAGUAAAACAGCUAAUGGAAUGUGAAGGAUUGAAUCGUAGAGCUAUGGAACCAUUUCACCUGCACUAUUGUAAUCUCAACGCAGAUGAUCCAUAUCACAAAGAAUUCAUCAAACGCUAUGGAGAAGCAUGGGACAAAUUGUUUGUGACAGUAACAGAAAAGGAUCAUGUUGAAAUCUUUCCAAGGGAUCAGCUUGUCUAUUUAACUGCCGAUUCUCCCAAUGUAAUGAAAAUGUUUGAGCAUGAUAAGAUCUAUAUAGUUGGAUCACUAGUUGACAAAUCAAUACAGACAGGACUCUCCCUUGCUCGUGCAAAACGGUUGAACUUGGCGACGGCACGGCUUCCUUUGGACAGAUACUUGCAGUGGGAAGAAGGUGCCAAAAACCUUACUCUCGAUCAGAUGAUGCGCAUCUUAUUAACUCUGAAAGAUACUGGGAGCUGGAAGGAAGCUCUGCAGUUUGUUCCAAAAAGAAAACAUGCAGGUUUUGUGGAAACAUCCUACUCGAAGCAUCCCUUUGACACACGGAUGAUGAAAACAAAGAUCCGUGAUGUAAUGGCUAGCCAAGAGAACACAGGCAAGCCCUUUGCAAGGAAUCCCCCCAGGCAGCAAAUGCAAAAAUGGUGGGAAGAGAUAUCUUAGUAUAUUUAGUCCCCAGUUGUGAAGAUAGACGUUUCAUUUAAAUCAGCUUUUGGCCUUCAUGAGCUUUUCACUACUUAAAACUGUCCCUAGCACUCUUAAGUCCCACUGAAUUUGAUAGGAGUGAUUUCAGCAUGUGCUCAACUCUCCUGCUGAAAUCAAUGAUACUUAGGUUUGCUGCAUUUUAUCUGGUAUCACUGAACAUUAAACUACAGAAUAAUGUCUUAAUAUUCUAGACACAACAGUCUAGUCAUAUCACAGUGUGACAGUGCAAGCAGCGACUUGCACUACUGAACCACUCUCUGCCCUAAUAAGAGAGUUGAAGUCUUCUUGCUCUGGCUGUCAGACAAACUGCCCCAAAAGAGAUGAGGCCAAAAAAGGGUUGUGCCAAGGUCACUUCACUUGAAAAUGUCCAUAGCUAUUAACACCAAGAUCUCAAUAGUCCCAACACCACUAAUGUAUCCCUGAGCUUCUGCUGCCCCCUCUGUGUGCUCCCUCACAGGCAGGGAGCAAUUGAUAGCCUAAAAGCACUAAAGAUGCUACAAUGAUAAGGCCAGUAUCCCAGAGCUGGUACAACAAAGUGAAUUGUAGCUGCUCUGAACAGUUGUGGAACAAUAAUGAGGUUAUUUUUUUUUUCUGAUAGCUUACAAAUAUGCCCUUUUAUUCAGGGAUUAUAUAAACAUAAUUAUUGCAAGAGGUAUCUAGAUACUGCUAUAGCUGUGGCUUGGAAAAAUAAAUUGUUUGAUUCACAA